AUGGCCUUUCAUUUUCAACGCCGCCGCCUCCACUACUACCACCGCUUUCGCUUUCUUCUUCCCCUCAUUUCCGCCAUCUCCGGAGCCCUUCUCAUCCUCUUCGCUCUUCUCUUGAUUCUUGCUCCUUCUCCUUCUCCUCUCGAUGUCAAUCACCUCCAUCAACCACGUCACCAACACUCUUCCUCUUCGUUCAAUGUUGGCGUGGACGAUGAUGCGAUUGGAGUUCCAGUCUUUCGUGUUCCGGUUAGAGCCGUGGAGGGAGAUCAGAUCGCGAUAUUUGGACUUCUAGGAAUUCAAACUUCUACUAUGGAUGCAGCAAUGCCACCCACAAGUUUCCAAGUGCAUGUUGAUGAAAUUACACCUCCUAAUAGGUACUUGGCAAUUGCAACCAGUGGAGGUUUGAAUCAACAAAGAACUGGGAUUACAGAUGCCGUUGUUGCUGCUCGUAUACUGAAUGCUAGUCUUGUUGUUCCAAAGUUGGACCAGAAGUCUUUCUGGAAGGAUGCGAGUAAUUUUUCAGAGAUCUUUGAUGUUGAUUGGUUUAUAUAUUUUCUAUCAAAAGAUGUUAAAAUCAUUAAGCAGCUCCCUAGAAGGGGAAAGGGAGGUAAAACGUGGACACCAUCAACUAUGCGUGUCCCAAGGAAGUGUAGUGAAAGAUGUUAUCAGAAUCGUGUAUUACCUGUUCUUUUGAAAAGGCAUGCUGUUCAGCUCAACAAGUUUGACUACAGACUUGCAAACAAGUUGAGUACAGAUCUUCAAAAAUUAAGAUGUAGAGUAAACUACCAUGCUUUAAAGUUUACUGACCCAAUACAGAACAUGGCUAAAAAGUUGGUUUAUCGAAUGAGGAUGAGAAGCAAGCAUUAUAUCGCAUUGCACCUGAGGUAUGAACCUGAUAUGCUUGCAUUCUCCGGAUGUUAUUAUGGUGGAGGAGAUAAGGAAAGGAAAGAACUGGGUGCAAUACGAAGGAGGUGGAAGACUUUACAUAUAAGCAAUCCUGAUAAGCCAAGGAGGCAUGGGAGAUGUCCACUUACUCCAGAAGAAGUUGGUCUGAUGUUGAGAGCACUGGGUUAUGGCAGUGAUGUUCAUAUCUAUGUGGCAUCAGGGGAAGUGUAUGGAGGAGAAGAAACAUUGGCACCCCUUAAGGCACUAUUCCCCAACUUUUAUUCAAAAGAUACAAUAGCAACGAAGGAGGAACUGGAACCAUUUUAUUCAUUUUCUUCUCGCAUGGCUGCACUUGACUUUAUAGUUUGUGAUGAAAGUGAUGUCUUUGUCACCAACAACAAUGGUAAUAUGGCUAAAAUAUUAGCCGGACGAAGGAGAUAUUUUGGACAUAAGCCUACUAUUCGUCCAAAUGCUAAAAAACUCUACCGGUUGUUCCUAAGCAAAGAGAACAUGACCUGGGGAGCUUUCGCUUCUAGCGUUCGUACUUACCAGAGAGGCUUUAUGGGUGAGCCAAAUGAAGUGAGGCCAGGCAGGGGUAGUUUUCAUGAGAACCCACACACCUGCAUAUGUGAAGAUUCGCAGGCCAAGGUCAAGAGGGAUGUGGGACCAAGAAAAUAUGGUAAGGUUAUUAAUGAAACAAGAAGAGAUGAAGUAGAAUCUGAUGCCCAAAACGUGGAAGAUGAUCCAGAAUGGCCUGAUACUGAUGAGGAAGAAGAUCAAAGUGGCCCUCUGGACAAUGAUAUGUUUAACAGAACAGGUGUGGAUUAUGACGCUGUCAGCUCCGAGGAACCUGAAUUGGAGGAGAUGCUUUCGGAUUAG